AACCCCGACUCCGUAGUCGCUGCCUGGAGUCCGUCUCUCCGGCGCUUCCCGGUCCCGCCGUUCCUACUUCUCUGUAGCCCGCGGUUCGCCGCCCCACUAGCCGCCGCGAUGCCGGUGUUUCAUACGCGCACGAUCGAGAGCAUUCUGGAGCCGGUGGCGCAGCAGAUCUCGCACCUGGUGAUUAUGCACGAAGAGGGUGAGGUGGACGGCAAAGCCAUUCCUGACCUCACCGCGCCUGUGGCCGCGGUGCAGGCGGCCGUCAGCAACCUCGUCCGGGUUGGAAAAGAGACUGUUCAAACCACUGAGGAUCAGAUUUUGAAGAGGGAUAUGCCACCAGCAUUUAUCAAGGUUGAGAAUGCUUGUACUAAGCUUGUCCAGGCAGCCCAGAUGCUUCAAUCAGAUCCCUACUCAGUGCCUGCUCGAGAUUAUCUAAUUGAUGGGUCAAGAGGCAUCCUUUCUGGCACAUCAGACCUGCUCCUUACCUUCGACGAGGCUGAGGUUCGUAAAAUUAUUAGAGUUUGCAAAGGCAUUUUGGAAUAUCUUACGGUGGCAGAAGUGGUGGAGACUAUGGAAGAUUUGGUCACUUACACAAAGAAUCUUGGGCCAGGAAUGACUAAGAUGGCCAAGAUGAUUGAUGAGCGACAGCAGGAGCUGACUCACCAGGAGCAUCGAGUGAUGUUGGUGAACUCAAUGAAUACAGUGAAAGAGUUGCUUCCAGUUCUUAUUUCAGCUAUGAAGAUUUUUGUAACAACUAAGAACUCAAAAAACCAAGGAAUAGAAGAAGCUUUGAAAAAUCGCAAUUUUACUGUAGAAAAGAUGAGUGCUGAAAUUAAUGAGAUCAUUCGUGUAUUACAACUCACUUCUUGGGAUGAAGAUGCCUGGGCUAGCAAGGACACUGAAGCCAUGAAGAGAGCAUUGGCCUCCAUAGACUCCAAACUGAACCAAGCCAAAGGUUGGCUUCGUGACCCCAGUGCCUCCCCAGGGGAUGCUGGUGAGCAGGCCAUCAGGCAGAUCCUAGAUGAAGCCGGAAAAGUUGGUGAACUCUGUGCAGGCAAAGAACGCAGGGAGAUUCUGGGAACCUGCAAAAUGCUCGGGCAGAUGACUGAUCAAGUGGCUGACCUCCGAGCCAGAGGACAAGGAGCCUCACCGGUGGCCAUGCAGAAAGCCCAGCAGGUAUCUCAGGGUCUGGAUGUGCUCACAGCCAAAGUGGAAAAUGCGGCUCGUAAGCUGGAAGCCAUGACAAAUUCAAAACAGAGCAUUGCAAAGAAGAUCGAUGCUGCCCAGAAUUGGCUUGCAGAUCCAAAUGGUGGACCAGAAGGAGAAGAACAGAUUCGAGGAGCUUUGGCUGAAGCUCGGAAAAUAGCAGAGUUAUGUGAUGAUCCUAAAGAAAGAGAUGACAUUCUGCGAUCCCUUGGAGAAAUAUCUGCUCUGACUUCUAAAUUAGCAGAUCUACGGAGACAGGGGAAAGGAGAUUCCCCAGAGGCUCGAGCAUUGGCCAAACAAGUUGCUACAGCCCUGCAGAACCUGCAGACCAAAACCAACAGGGCUGUAGCCAAUAGCAGACCUGCCAAAGCAGCAGUCCACCUUGAGGGCAAGAUUGAACAAGCACAGAGAUGGAUUGAUAAUCCCACAGUGGAUGACCGGGGAGUUGGUCAGGCUGCCAUCCGGGGACUUGUGGCUGAAGGGCAUCGUCUGGCUAAUGUCAUGAUGGGGCCUUAUCGCCAAGAUCUUCUUGCUAAGUGUGAUCGAGUGGACCAGCUGACGGCCCAGCUGGCUGACCUGGCUGCCAGAGGCGAAGGAGAGAGCCCUCAGGCGAGAGCACUUGCAUCUCAGCUUCAAGACUCCUUAAAGGAUCUGAAAGCACGGAUGCAGGAGGCCAUGACUCAGGAGGUGUCAGAUGUUUUCAGCGAUACUACAACUCCCAUCAAGCUGUUGGCAGUGGCAGCUACUGCCCCUCCUGAUGCACCCAAUAGGGAAGAGGUAUUUGAUGAGAGGGCAGCUAAUUUUGAAAACCAUUCAGGAAGGCUUGGUGCCACGGCAGAGAAGGCGGCUGCUGUUGGUACUGCUAAUAAGUCAACAGUGGAAGGCAUUCAGGCAUCAGUGAAGACGGCUCGAGAACUCACACCCCAGGUUGUCUCAGCUGCUCGCAUCUUACUUAGGAACCCUGGAAAUCAAGCUGCUUAUGAACAUUUUGAGACCAUGAAGAACCAGUGGAUUGAUAAUGUUGAAAAAAUGACAGGGCUGGUGGAUGAAGCCAUUGAUACUAAGUCUCUGUUGGAUGCAUCGGAAGAAGCAAUUAAAAAAGACCUGGACAAGUGUAAGGUAGCCAUGGCCAACAUUCAGCCUCAGAUGCUGGUGGCAGGGGCAACCAGCAUUGCUCGUCGGGCCAAUCGGAUCCUCCUUGUGGCUAAGAGGGAAGUGGAGAAUUCUGAGGAUCCCAAGUUCCGGGAGGCUGUGAAAGCUGCCUCUGAUGAAUUGAGCAAAACUAUCUCCCCAAUGGUUAUGGAUGCAAAGGCUGUGGCUGGAAACAUUUCUGACCCUGGCCUGCAAAAGAGCUUCCUGGACUCAGGAUAUCGGAUCUUGGGAGCUGUGGCCAAGGUCAGAGAGGCCUUCCAACCUCAGGAGCCUGACUUCCCGCCUCCACCACCAGACCUUGAACAGCUUCGUGUAACAGAUGAGCUUGCUCCUCCCAAACCACCUCUGCCUGAGGGUGAAGUCCCUCCACCUAGGCCCCCACCACCAGAGGAGAAGGAUGAAGAAUUCCCUGAGCAGAAAGCAGGGGAGGUGAUUAACCAGCCAAUGAUGAUGGCUGCCAGGCAGCUCCAUGAUGAAGCUCGCAAAUGGUCCAGUAAGCCGGGUAUCCCAGCCGCUGAGGUGGGUAUAGGUGGUGUAGCUGAGGCAGAUGCGGCCGAUGCUGUUGGGUUCCCUCUCCCCCCUGACAUGGAAGACGAUUACGAACCUGAGCUGCUGUUAAUGCCAUCCAAUCAGCCGGUCAACCAACCCAUUCUGGCCGCGGCUCAGUCCUUGCAUCGGGAAGCUACCAAGUGGUCUAGUAAGGGAAAUGACAUCAUUGCAGCAGCCAAGCGCAUGGCUCUGCUGAUGGCCGAGAUGUCUCGGCUGGUAAGAGGGGGCAGUGGUACGAAGCGGGCACUCAUUCAGUGUGCCAAGGACAUCGCCAAGGCCUCAGAUGAAGUGACUCGACUGGCUAAGGAGGUUGCCAAACAGUGCACAGAUAAGCGGAUUAGAACCAACCUCUUACAGGUUUGUGAGCGAAUCCCAACCAUAAGUACCCAGCUCAAAAUCCUGUCCACAGUGAAAGCCACCAUGCUGGGUCGGACCAACAUCAGUGACGAGGAGUCUGAGCAGGCCACAGAAAUGCUGGUUCACAACGCCCAGAACCUCAUGCAGUCUGUGAAGGAGACUGUGCGAGAAGCAGAAGCUGCUUCAAUCAAAAUUCGAACAGAUGCUGGAUUUACACUGCGCUGGGUUAGAAAGACUCCCUGGUACCAGUAGGCACUUAGCUGAACCUGGCAGGCACAGAAGCCCCUACAAAACAGAAGGAAAUGAUGAGUCCCAGGAGCCACCCAGAGUUGCUGGAGAAUGAAAGCCACAUCCUGGCCUCACAUCAGAAAGGAAUGGAGGCCUCUUCACAUUAGAAAACAUUUAUUCUUUUGUCAUGACACUUUGAAAUGUGUCUCCGUAUAAAGCCUGUAUUCUCUAACAGUUAUACUCGUGCACAUGUAUCCCAAUAAGUGGACUGGGUUUCUAGCCCAUGGACUUCACAUAAGCUCAGAAUUCAAGAAUGAACACUAGCCAGAUCCCCUGCACUCCCCGUGUUCCCUAGGGAACAUUUCCUUCACUGUUUCCCUUUCCUUGGCCCUGAUUCUCUUCUCCAAGCUUCCAAGAUCCAGGGCCCAGGCAAGUCAGUUAAGAAGGAAAUCACUGUGCUUCCAAAAACUGCUUUGGGCUUCCCCACCUGCCUUCUCUGGACUGCUAUCUGGGUCCUUUUCAGAAUUAGCCUUGCUGUUGCAGGGGUAUGUGGCCUUGGAGAGCCUCAGCAUAUGGGUCCUGGAUUCAUGUCCUGCCCUUCCCCAGUUUAAUCCUUCUAUUUUCCCAGAGUAUAAAACCAAAUUUCACUGUUAAGAGGAAAUCACAGUUACAUAAUUCUGACUUUACCAUGCCUCUGAGUAAUGUCUGUCCUAGGAAAACUUGCCAUCCCCAUCCUGCCUCGGCCUGCCAAGGUAGACACCCUUCCCCGCACACAUUGUGUGUCCUGGUGCUCUCUGCCACUGGAGAGGCAGAGUAGCCAGGGUGUGGCCCUGUCUGUCCUCUCAGUGGGGCCACUCCCAGGUACCCCAAGCUUUGUCACUGCCUGCAGGUUUGUGCUGAGGCCUUAUCAUUCAUUCUUAGUUCUUAAUUGUUCUGAGCUGAAAUGCUGCAUUUAAUUUUUUAAACCAAACCAUGUCUCCUAUCCUGGCUUUGUAGUCUUCCCUAACACCCUUUCUAAAUAAGAUUUUAAAGAUAUUUAGUUAUCUGUAUUUUGAAAAAAAAUUUUUAAAUUCAUUCCUAAGAAUUAUUGCUUGCCCUAUGAGAUGUUUAAUGGAAGAGAAAUCCUAUCUGAAGGAUACUCCCUAAGAGAGAGUGGUUUUUCCAGAUUAGAAUUCUGGUGCUGCUGGGGAUGAAUCAGUGGGAAAUACUACGCCGUAAUUCCUACCUUCCUUCAAUCCAGCUACAACUGAGUCCCUUUUAUUUCUCUUAAGUACGAUUGUUCAAGAGAGUAAUGGGUGUAAUAUUAAUAUCUACUUAUUAUCAUAUGAAGUUUACUAUUAGGCAAAGUGACAAAAGGCAAUUUUCUCUUUUAUGCACUUAAUCACUGCUGUUUGAGCAUUAACCAGCACAUGAAACCAUAUUUCUCAGAUGAGUAUAGUGAGAACCCUUGCCUGAAUGUCCUGCCUCCCCACCUCCAGUGUGUAUUAGAUCCCACUGAAUGUGUAAAACUUGUCUUAAGUUGGUCCUGUACACUCAAGCUUUCUCUAUUUCCUUUUAACUGAUGAAAAUUAUUUUCAAGGCCCUCAGCAUAUUUGUAUAGUUGCUUAACUUGAUUUAAAUGCAAUAUUAAUGCCUUUAAAGAUGAAUCUAUGCCAAAGAUCACCUUCUGUUUUACUCAAGAUUAUUUAGAGAAAAUAAGAAAAGUCAUGUUUGCUCUCCAAGUCCUUCCAGUGUUUUGAGCCACUGGUUUACACUUUACGCCAGAUGUGCUUUUCUCGAAUGUCCAUGAAGAAACAAGCAAAUUAAAAAAAAAAAGUCCCUGAACGAUGAUUAGAGAUGUCACCACUAAAAAACUACAUUUAUAAGCUAUGAUUUGUUAUAUGCAACUAUUUUCUGCCUCUUCUUUGUUCUGUUUAAAACAAUAAAAUGCAUUUGUAUAAAUGUGGGGUAUCUUA